UCUUUGAACCUUGAAUAACUUAUUUCUAAAUUGAUAUUGUUAUUAUCCUAUAGAUAGAAAUAAUGACGCAUGUCUCCUAGGAAAUAAUAUUUCUAAAUAAUAGAAAUAAUUUUUCUUCCGUAAAAUAAUUUUUUUUUUUUUUAUUCGUCAUAAUUGAAGAUUCAUCUUUCUUGUAACACAGAGUCGUGUAGUUAUGAAAAUUCCAAUUAUUCACUGGACUUUAGAAUAUAGUCUUCAUGUUCUUGGUUUGUGGCCAAACAAGCCAAUUUUAAUUAGUCAGUUACUUAUUUAUUCGUCACUCGUAGGGAUUAGUCCCUUUCAAAUUAAAGAUAUUUAUGCAAUUUAUGAAGAUAAGCCAAAAAUGGUGGACGGAGUUCGCAAUACAGUUGCAAUUAUAUUAAUAGUCAUUAAAUUUGGAAUUAUGCGUUACAAUAAGGGCAAUUUGCAUUCUCUUCUUAUUGAAGUAGAAGAUGACUGGAAGAAUAUGAAAAAUCCUCAAGACAAAGAAAUAAUGAUGAAAUAUUUAAAGUAUGCAUAUAAAUUUUGCAUUUGCGUUUGGACACUUUAUUCGGCAGUUGGAAUUUCAUAUGGCUUAGAAUGUUUUUAUGGUUUUUUUGCUAAUGAAAAAGUAUUACUAAUACCUGUUGCAUAUCCUUUUGAUCUUAAUUUUACCCCUUAUUUUCUAUCAGCGUUAAUUUUUCAAUCAAUACUUUAUGCAAUGUGGCUUUUUGCCAACGGUUUAUCUGAAUCAUUACUUGGUACUUUGAUAUUUCAUCUUGUGGGUAAAAUCGAAAUUUUAUUAAAAGAUAUUAGUGAAAUAUCAUUUCGUUCUACGUCGUCGUGUGAUAAUAAAUAUUUAAUUAUGCUUAUAAAAAAUAUUGUUCUCAAGCAUAGAAGACUAAUACUCAUGCAUCAUAAAAUAGAAUCCAUUUAUUGUUACAUUUGUUUAACUCAAUUUUUAGGAAGUAUUAUUGUACUAUGCCUUGCGGGAUUUUUAAUUAUAACUUUCGAAUAUGAAGGAGCACUUGAUGUAUUUGAAAUUAUGAAAAAUAUCAUUUACAUACUUCUAAAUUUGUCGCAGGCAUUUGCAUUUUGUUUCUCUGGAGAAAUUCUGCUGUCCCAGAGCUCAAAUAUUCCUCAAUGCAUAAGUGAUUGUUCGUGGUAUGAGACAUCACCAGGCAAUAUUAAACUCUUACUAAUGGUUAUUUUGAGAACACAAAAACCAUUGGCGCUAACGGUUGGAAAAUUUACUGAAUUGUCUAUUGGAAGUUUCACAAGAAUCUUACAGACAGCAGUUUCGUAUUUAUCAGUGUUACGAACAAGAUAUUGAAAGUGUAAAAUGUGUAAUUUUGUAUCGUGAUUAUAUUGUCUUUUUUUACAUACCGCAUUAAAAAAAUUAAUUAGUUGUAAAUAUUUUGUUAAGAAAAGACUUUAAUAUUUUGCAGAAUGUAAUAAUAAAAAACAAUUAUGUAAUUUA